AUGAUGGAAGAACCUCUUGACGAUAUAGGAGAAACGAAAACCAUCGCAAUUCCCUUGAAAGACAGCACAGAAGACGUGAGUUAAUCGUAUUUAUAUUUUUGACAAAAAAUGAGGCGAGAGUAUCGAUUAUUGUGCUGAUGUUGUAUUCUUUUGUCUAGCCCACAUGAACAGUUGAUUCAUCACGUCGGUAGGCCAUUUUCUCUGUUCAUUUCAGCCAACCGACCUGAUUUCUCACCGUGUCCAUGUUUCAGGGCACACACUUGAAACGUCUCCGCCGCUUUUCGAUCGAAGUGUGGAAUUUAACUCAAAAUUGGGCUGCGACAUCUGAAAAAUCUGUCCAAUGGCUCGAAUCGAUCGUCAAUUCUCGGCUAAAACUUAUGUAUUCGAAAGAAGACGAAUCAGAAUCGGCGAAACUGACUGCAGAUCAGGCUGCGAGAGUUCUCAAUGAUUUGGUUGUGAUGAACACCAAAGUGAAUCAGGCGAUGACCGAUUUUGAACGGAUCAUCGGAAAGUUCGAAAUUGCUCAGGGAAGAAUGUCCGCAUGGAAACAGCUGACUGAGAAGAGCACAAACCGAGAGGAGAAGUACAUUGUGGAAGUGCUCGACGAGAAUCUCCCUUUGAUUGUCGCCAUGCUGAAGAAAGAAGUCGCCGUAAAAAACGACGCGCUUUUUGAUCUGGCUCAACAGGAGAAUCGAGACGUGUUCACUCUCGUUCUGCUCACUUUCAAACAUGAGCCGUUUGUUGACACGAAUCUUCUUUCCAAACUGUUCGCUCUAGUCGCCGUUGAAGCACAAUAAUCGAUACUCCUCUUGUGUUUUUGUUAAUUUUGAAAAUGAAUCCUUGCUCCAAUUAAAAAUCGAGUUUGUCUUCAGGAAGUUAUUGAAAUCAAUUGCGCUGAGCUGCCCAACGGAAAUGAAGUGCUCAGUAUCCUUGAAGCCGAAGAAGCAAAGCUUUCCUACUGGAUUGAGGUGGCCCUCGAAUACUACAGACAUGGUCGUGUCGAACCGUUUAUGAUGAUACUAGAAGCAGCCGGAUCACGCGCCGGACUGGAAUACACUGGAGUUAAACAGGAUCAGAUGAGAGCUCUUGACAUACUUGCCGCCUACUGGAUGACGCAGGGAUACAAGGAAAAGUCGAAGGAGAAAAAAACGGACUUCUUCUCAAAGGCCACUGUUCUAUUCAACACGGCCGACAAGAUCGCAAUGUACGAGUGGUCCCAUCUGACUGUCCGUGCUUGGUUCUAUCUGUUUGAGAGAGAAAAGAGCACGAACAAGUACGAGCUGGCCGAUCAGCAGUUCAAUUACGUCGUCAAGACAUACCCGCAGAACGUGCUCUCGCUCGUCGGAAAAGCCGUCAUUGCAUUCAACAAGAAGGACUACAAAACGUGCGUCUACUACUACAGAAAGGCGAUCCGUCAGCGACGUCACUCUAUCGCCGACCUUCGCGUCGGAAUCGGAUACUGCUUCGCCAAAAUGGGACUCACCGAAAAGGCGAAAAUGGCAUUCGAACGAGCCCUCGAGCUGGAGCACACGAAUGUGUCGGCCAUGUGUGGAUUGGCCAUCAUUCUCCUCAAUACUCUGGAUCCAGACAGCUUCAAAAUGGCGAUCACUCUGUUCGGAAAGGCCUACAACCUUCAGCCAGAUCAUCCUGUCGUCCUCGUCCAUCUCGCCAAUCAUUUCUUCUUCAAAGGAGACACCGAACGGUCGUCUGGUCUUGCCUGGCAUGCUGCCCAGUACACGGAAUGCGAAGCGAUCAAAGCAGAAGCCUAUUUCCAGAUGGGAAGAACCAAGCACAUUUCUGGCCAGUACGAGCAAGCAUACAAAGUAAGUAACGGUCGGAUAGCUUCUUCUAACAAAAACGUGCUUCCAGAUGUACUACCAAGCUCGUCAGGCCAACAACGGAGAGCACACUCUUGCUCACUACGGUCUCGGCCAAAUGCUUAUCCACAAAAACGAGAUUGACGAGGCCAUCAAGUGCUUUGAAGUGGUUCAUUCAAGGCUUCCCAACAAUACGGACACCAUGAAAAUUCUGGGAAGUCUGUACGCUCACGUGCAACUCAACGACCAGACAAUGAUGAACGAAGCGAGGCAGAAGGGACGGGACGUGCUCACCAAAUACCUCGCGAUCCACAGCGACGACUACGAGGCAUCGAUUGAUCUAGCACAGCUUCUCGAGGCUUCCGAUCCGAAAAAGUCUUUAGAGUUGUACGAAACGGCGAUUCAUUUGCUCGAGACUAUCGAGAACAUUCAACCACAACCCGAGAUGCUCAACAAUGUCGGCGCCCUUUACAUGACGAUGCAACAGUAUGAGAGGGCCGAGAAAUACUUCAAGAAAUCCAAAGAGCGACUGGAAGAGCAGCUGAGCACAGGGGAAAGUUCGCAGUUGUUGUCGCGAAGGACCGCCCCUGAGAGAUCUCAUCUGCUCACGAUCCGAUACAACCUUGCCCGUUGUCUGGAGCUUUUGUGUCGAACCGCGGAAGCAGAGCAAAUGUACAAAGACAUUGUGGCCGAAUGUCCCGGAUAUAUCGACGGAUAUCUCCGUCUUGGAUGCAUAACGAGAGACCGUCAUCAAGUGUACGAAUCGUCAUUGUGGAUGAAGAACGGUGUACAGUUCGAUCAGUCGAAUCCAGUUGUCUGGACGCUCAUCGGAAAUCUCCAUUUCGCGAAGAGCGAAUGGAUGCCAGCGCAGAAGAAGUUCGAGCUGAUACUCUCAAAGAUAUACAACAACAAAACGCCCGAUCCGUACUCUCUUGUGGCUCUCGGAAACGUGUGGUUCGAGCAGCUCUUAAAUCCUUCCAGAAAGAAGGAAGACGUAAGCUUCUGUGCACUUUUCAUCUCAAUAACCGUUAUGAUUACAGGAGAAAAAAUACAUCGACCGCGCUCUCCAGAUGUACCAGAAGGCGUUGAAACUGCAGCCAAAGAACAUGUACGCUGCGAACGGAAUCGGAUGCGUUCUGGCUUACAAACGAAACUGGGCGGACGCUCACGACGUCUUCUCGCAAGUGCGUGAGUCUACGAGCGACUUCUACGACGUUUGGGUCAACAUUGCUCAUGUCUGCAUGGAGCGGGAGCAAUGGAUGAAAGCUGUGCAAUGGUACUCGUCGGCGAUGAAGCGAUUCCGGAAGGACGGAGAUCCAGGUCUUCUGCAUUACAUCGCCAAGGCUUACUACCGUGCUGGAAUGCUGAAGGAAGCCAAAGAAGCGCUUGAGAAAGCGAUGCUCGAGCAGCUGGACAACACUCAAAUCAAGUUCAACUACGCGAUCGUGAUGAAGAAAAAGGCGAAGGAAAUUCUGAGAGGACAGAAAAUGUCUUCGUCUGAAGUCAAUCUGGCCAUAGCCGACCUCACGUUCUCCGAGCGCAUCUUCAAUUACAUCGCCCAAACGGACGACCGGCACUCUCAUUCGAGUGGACUCCGCAUUUCGAGAACGAUCUGUUCGGAGGAAUCACGCAACUGCAAAGAUCUUCUGACUCAAGCCAAGCACAAACUGGAACUAGCUGAGACUCAAGACGAAGAGGAGAGGCGGCUGCAGAAGAAGCAGGAGAAUGAGCUGAUGGAACUGAAGAACAAGAUGAUGGAGGAGGCGAGAGCACGGGAAGAAGCCGAGAAAGAGAAGGUCGAGAAGAAUAAGACUCUCCGAAUGACAUUCAUAGACAUGACCAAGGAUAUUCUGAAGCUUCCGGAGAUUGUAGAAGAAAAGAGACGAGGUGGUGGGGGACGGAAACGAAAGAAUGACGAUGGAGACGAGUUCGUCAACGACAGCUCUGAUGCCGGGAACUGGGAAGGAGAAGGUGGAGAGGACGGAGAGAACCGAGAACGGAGAAAGAAGGACAAGGCGGCGAAGAAGGCGUCCAGGAAGAAGAGAGAAAGAAGAGACAGCGGCGGAUCCGACUCGAACAGAAGAUCGGAGAAGAAGAGAAAGAGGCUGGAGGAGAAAGAGAGGAAGCAGCAGGAGAAGCUGUCGGCGAAGCAGUCGAGCAAGAUCAAGUCUCGUGCGUUCCUCUCCUCUUCCGAAUCUUCCGACGACGACAAGCCGAAGCCAGCAGCGACCGACUCUUCAGAUGAAGAAGAAGAGACUAGGCCGCCAGUGGAUGAGUUUGGUAAGACGCGAAGAAGAUGAAAUGAAAUGAAACUGUUGCUUAUUGUAGAUAGUCCUAUCAGAAGCGACAGUGAUGCUAGUGAUCACGAGGUAACGACGAAAAAGAAGAAAAAGAAGACUGUUGUGGAUUCGGAUGACGGUUCGGAAUCCGACGGAAGCGCCAAACCGAUCAUCGGCGGAUCGGAUGGUAAGGGAUUCUGAUGGAUCCAGAGCUGGGCAAUUCUCGGCCCAGGCUUUUUGAAGACCUGCCGAGGGACUUUGACCCACUUGCAAGGAUCCGAUAGGACCCAAACUUAGCAAGCUUCUCGGGAGGCUUCAAAGUUUGGGCCUCAUCGGAAUUUCAAGUGGGUCAAAAGUACAGGCCUCAAAAAGCUUUCGCAAAGCCUGGACCGAAAAUUGCCCAGCUUUGGAUGGAUCUCUAAGCCUAAUUUUUCUUUCUUUCAGAUGAUGAUGAUCAGCCAGGACCGUCUUCUCGAGCUGUCCAUUCCAGCGACGACAAUGAUAGCGACGCCGCUCCGAAUCGUUCCAAUUUGAAUGCCGUUGACAGCGACUGA